AUGCCAAAACAAGAACGUUUUAAUCAUUACACACCAGAAAAUCCUCUUCCGGACGAUGUGGCAAAUAUGUCACGGCAAGAUACUGUUUGCAAAUUUUGUGGUGUUUCUUAUCUAAUUCAUAACGAAAUAAAAGCAUUAGAAAGUAAAUGUAAAAAACUCGAAAAUCAAUUAGCGUCUCACACGAAAAACUCCUCCGAACGCGAUCAAACACGUUUAGCUGAUCUUGAAUCUAUCAAUGCGCUAAAUACUCAUAAAUUAAAUGAAAUGAGUAGAAAACUUCAAUUACUACAAGAUCAAUUAGAUCAAUCGGAGAAAUGUCAUGAAAAAGCCAAAUCUCAAAUUGUCACAUAUUCUUCAAGUUUACGAGCGGUACGAAAUCAAAUACAGAAUCUUCGAAAAGAAUACACACUCCUACAAGAUUCCUAUACAAAAGACAGUCAAAACUGGAAGAUAUUCCUGAAAACAACUGAAGACACAUUACAAAUUCACAUACAAAACAUGUUCGACAAAUAUCGAACCGAAAACGAAUUGACUCAGGUCAAACAUUCGAACAAAUCACAAUCAUUGAUUCAAACCGAUUUGGAUGCAGCUCGUCAAGAACUUGAAAUUCAUCAAACCGAACUGUCUCGAUUGCGUGAACAGAUUUCUGACGAUGAGCGCAUUCGCAUCGAACUACAAAAUCAACUGGAAUACGCGAAACGAUAUUCCUAUGAACUAGAACGACAGAUAUCAGAUAGAGAUCAAUCGGGACACAAUACUGAUGCGAUCCUCGAUCAAUAUCGACGAGAGGCAACGACUGAAAAGGAACUUCGAUUGAAAAGUGAGCACGAAUUAGAGGAUCUUCGUUCGAAAUAUCACCAACUAGAUACAAUGAGAAGCGAAUUUCAAACCAAUGAAGCGAACACUCGACGAAAAAUCGAUGAAAUGAAUCGAUCUCGGCAAGCGGUUCUCGAUCGUACACGUGACGAAUACGAAAAACUCUUGCGAAAAUAUACCGAACUCGACGAAACCUAUCGUGAACUCGCCAGUUUAAAAGACAAAGAUACUUUAGAAGCGAAAAAGAUCCGUUCCGAAUUGCAACGUUUGCAAAAUGAAAACAUCGAAUUGACUAAACAACGAGAAACAUUGCAUAUUACUCAUGAUGUUCAGAUGAAAAAAAUUCACGAGAAUUAUGCAACGAAAUUACGCGAAGCGGAACAAUGGCCAGAUCGGUUGCAAGCGGACUUGAAAUCCGAACGUGAACAGCAUCGAACGCAAAUGAACGAUCUCGAACGACGUAUGAAAGAAGCAUUCGCCACUGAUUUGAAUAUAGAAAAACAGAAAUAUAACGGAUUGUUACGCAAAUACGAGCAAGAGUGUGGUUCGUCGGCUGAACAGUUACGGCAGGAAUUGGCAUCGACCGAACGAGUGACGAUUGAGCAACGAAAUUAUUAUACGAAACAAAUAGAUCAACUUGAAAAAGAGAAGGAAAACCUGAAAAAACAAUUGAAUGCUCUACGAGAUGUCCUGAAAGAUCUACACGAUCAACUCAAAAAACAAGAAUCAAUGAAUAAAGAACGAAUUGAUCAUUUAAAACUCAAAGAAGAUCUAGCCGAAAAAGAAACGAGCUUAUUUCAUGCACAAGCAGCAAUCAAUGAACUAAGAGUAGAUCUAACCCAAGCCAAAGAAGAAGUUAUCACUUUACAAGAAACCGUCCAUCAAGAAUGUACAGAACGUGAACAAUUAAAAGAAGCAUUGAUCGAUGCUCGACAACAGUUGCUCAAAUUGAAAAAGAAUGGUUUGAAUGAUAUGAAAUCUCGAAUUGACAUGUCCGAUUUGCUCUUUCGACAUAAUUUAGGUGUUCUGAAUCCUUCGGCAGCACGCUCAUUGCAUUCUCCACCAAUUGCAUUCGAAGAAAUUGAAAAGCGCGUGGCGGCACCUCUUUCAUAUGCUCAACAUGAUCGUCCACCGUUUACACAAUCUGAACCCACGGCAUACAACCACAGUAUUCCUGAUGAAAAUGCCGUGGUCAUGGAUUCUACACGUCCUUCGGAGAACAUUCAGAACCGGUAUAAAGCUCUUCCGCCAAUUCAAUCUCAACGACAGAAGCAACGUCGGAAUAAAUACGCACUUGCCUCGAAUAAAGCCGAACAAUUACUUCAAAAUCAACGACGUAUCGUUCGUUUUAUUAAACAAAUGAAAUAA